ACUAUAUAUAUCAACAUACUAUAUCAUCACCAUCGCAUACAGUCGAUACACGCUACUUUAUUUUAUUUUAAGGUCUCCUUUGUCGCGAGAUAUGUUCAUGCAACAAAUAUCAACAUACACAGAUAUUUCAUGACUAAGAAGUGAAUUUAAUCAAUGGUGAUAUUUUUGUGAAACAGUUUUUUUUUGUUCAUCAAUGAAGAUCACUGAUGUUUAUUCAAAAUAAACUUGCCAGGAAGCCACAUACAGUUUGACCUUAAAUUUAAUUUAUACAAGUAACAAUGACUAUAUAAAGACACUUGAAUGAUUUACCAAAGUGCGACUGAACGUUCUUUUUACUUAAAGUUUUUUAAUGUCUACUAUUAAACUAAGAAUGAAUGACACCAUUAUUAAAGUAUUUAUUGUAUUGGGGAGUCAUUUUGGUCAUAUUCUUUCAAUUGGAAUGAGUAUUACGUUUGGUAUUCUAUACAGUGAAAUACGAAAUGAUUUUAAAACUUCACAUUAUGAAGCGGCCUGGAUAGCCUCCAUAUUUAAUGGAUUAACUCAAAUCAUUGGUUUACCAUUAGGUCCUAUACUUGUAAAAGUACAAGAACGUUGGCUCACAGUUGUGGGAACUUUACUUCUUGUAGUCGGAAUGAUAACCAGUAGUUUUGCCUCCGCAAUCACUACUCUUUAUAUAACAUAUGGACUUAUCAGUGGACUUGGUGCUGGAAUCAUUCACUACUGCUCAAAUACUAUUGUAGUUCGGGGCUAUUUUGGAUUGUUUACUGCCGUUGUUUCCUACUAUCUUGGAAAGAAGCAGCUCCCGAUAGGAUAUGGAAUGAUUUCUGCGACGACAGGAAUAUCACUCACAGCUGGAAUGCCACUAGCUGGUUUUGUAUCCGAUUCGUAUGGCAAUGAGAACGGGUCAUUGUAUUUGGAGGGUGUAUGAUGUUAUUUGCGGCAAUGAUGGUGUUUGUCAACUUGGUCGUCGACUUCCGUAGACGGGGAACAUGCGCUAGACAGACUGGCGAUGAGAAAUGCAAUGAACAAAAUGAAUAUAUAGAAACGACUCAUUUAUAAUAUAUUUCUUUCAUAAUGUUUUGACUUAUCCAUGUGGUAAAAUGUUAAAAUAAUUAAUAGGGUUUGACUAUUGUGUUCAUGUUAACAAUUAAAUGCAUUUUUACAGAUAAAAUCGUACAAAAUAUAUAUCUAU